AUGAUAAUAGAUAGUGAGAGUUGCACUAAUGUUGCUUCCACCACACUUGUGGAGAAAUCGGGGUUGCCGACUAUUAACCAUGCUUAUCCUUACAGGUUGCAACGGUUAAGCAAUGGUGACACCAUUCAAGUGGUCAAGCAAGUUGUUGUGCCAUUCUCCAUUGGCAAGAGAUACACGGAUGAAGUUACUUGUGACAUCAUUCACAUGGAUGGUUGCAAUCUUUUACUUGGAAGACCAUGGCAAUAUGACCAAGAGGUGAUCCAUGAUUGCCGCAAGAACACCUACUCCUUCAAGCUCAACAAGAAGACCAUUACACUUGCACCCUUAGCCCCCACCCAAACCAUUAUCCAAGCACCAGCACAAACCACCUCUCAAACACUUCCCCAAGCAUCCUCAAAAGAACUAACACACAAAACCAACGUCCUAAAUAGCAUCCAACUAGAAAAAGCCUUCUUAAAACACAAACCUCUCCUUACCUUCCUCAUAGCUAAGAAGAGCCAAGAGAUGAAGUACCCUAAUUUUCACAUGAGAGUUCAACCUCUCUUGGAUGAGUUUGCGAAUGUUUUUCCUCAAGAGUUGCCUAGGGUUUUGCCACCACUUAGAGGGAUAGAGCAUCACAUUGAUUUGAACCCCAACACUCUUAUUCCCAAUCAGCCAUCAUAUAGGUGCAAUCCCAAAGAGUCAAAAGAGCUAUAA